GCUCCGAGGCGGCCAGGCAGGCAGGCAUGGGCGCGCCGGGGGGGCGGCUGCGCGGCUCGCUGGCGCUGCUGACCGACCUGUACCAGUUCACCAUGGCCUACGGCUACUGGCGCGCCGGGCGGCACCGCGAGCCGGCCGAGUUCGAGCUCUUCUUCCGCCGCUGCCCCUUCCAGGGCGGCUUCGCGCUGGGCGCCGGCCUGAGCGAGUGCCUGGCCUUCCUGCGCACCUUCCGCUUCUCCCAGGCAGAUAUUGAGUAUCUGGAGUCGGUCCUCCCCAUUACCACGGAGAAAGCGUUCUUUGAUUAUCUGCGCACCGUGGAUGCAUCUGAAGUGUCGGUCUCGUCAGCACCGGAGGGCUCGGUGGUCUUCUCCAGGGUGCCGAUAUUCCAAGUCAAGGGCCCUUUACUAGUGGUGCAGCUUCUAGAGACCACCCUGCUGUGUUUGGUAAACUAUGCCAGCCUCGUGGCUACGAAUGCAGCCAGGUUCCGGCUCAUCGCGGGCCCGGACAAGAAGCUCAUGGAGAUGGGGCUGCGUCGGGCCCAGGGACCGGAUGGGGGGCUCUCUGCUUCCAAGUAUUCCUAUGUGGGCGGUUUCGACUUCACCAGUAACGUCUUAGCAGGGAAACUCUAUGGGAUUCCAGUGCGGGGAACCGUCGCCCAUUCUUACGUGUCUUCCUUCACCUCGCUGGAUGAGGUGAACCCACGGGUUCUGCGGCCCGUGAGUGGAGAGGAGCCAGUGGACUUCCCUUCCCGAGUGGAGGCUUGGCUGAGCAAGGUUUGCCGGCUGCUCCAGGUCCCUGCAGAGCGGGUGCACUGUGGGGAGCGGGCCGCAUUUGUGUCCUACGCGGUCACCUUCCCUCACAACUUCCAAGGCCUGGUGGACACCUAUUGCGUCAUGAGAAGUGGCAUUCCAAACUUCUGUGCUGUAGCCCUUGCACUGAAUGAACUGGGAUACCGAGCCAUUGGGGUACGCCUGGACAGCGGGGACUUGGCCAGGCAGUCGGUGGAAAUACGGCAGGUGUUUCGGACCUGCAGCGCACACUUUCACGUCCCCUGGUUCGAAAGCAUCCCCAUUGCAGUCAGCAAUGAUGUGAGCGAGUGGAACCUCGAGGAGUUGGCGCAGGAGGGGAAUGAAAUUGACAUGAUUGGCGUGGGGACUCAUCUGGUGACGUGCCCGCUGCAGCCUUCCUUGGGGUGCGUCUACAAGCUGGUGAAAGUCAAUGGCUGUCCGAGAUUGAAGGUGACGGAGGAUGAAGAGAAGACCACCAUUCCUGGAAGCAAAGUGGUUUACAGGCUCUGGGAUGCUGCUGGAUUUCCGUACAUGGACCUCAUGGCGCUGGAAGAAGAACCUCCCCCGAGGGCCGGGAAGGAAGUUGAAUUCUGGCUGCUAGGAAGAAACAAAGAAGCUGGAAAGGCAGUUCCCGCCAGUGUGGAAAUCCUACACCGUCUAUACCUCAAAGAUGGGCAGAUCUGCCAGGCACUGCCUAGCCUCACAGAGAUCAAGAAGCAUGCCCAGACCUCCUUGAGCAAGCUCAGCCCUGCCCACAAGAGGCUGCAAGACCCAGAGGCCUAUCAGGUCGCCAUGACCCAGAAGCUCCACGCGCUCCUGACUGACCUCCAGCGAGAUAGCCCGUGAACCUCCCGGCCCUCUUUUGCACUACUCCGGCCAGCAAGCAGCAGCUCGGGGACCAAACGCUGAACGAAGCCGCGGCUUGCGCGGAUUGCCGAUCCUUUUUGUGCCUUCUCCUCCUUUUCUUUGAAGAACUGAAUGCCUCUUUGUGAAAAUGCGAGGUAUAUAUCAUAGUGCCUCAUGGGGCUCGGUGCAGAUGUAAUAAGCCGGUAGCGUUGGCCACGACCUGGCCGCCUGCGAAGAAGAAGGGUCUACGUCAGUUUCCCAGAUGCUUUGCCCUGUAGACUCUAGCGGGACAAUACUCACUCAUCGGCUAAGGAACCACGUGCGGUUCUUUGACAUACCUUUGGCUCUCCUGAGAGCCAGUUCUCAGCGUGGCACCUGCUCCAUGUUCCAGGAAAAUGGGCAAUACCAUUGCCCAGUAGGGCACGUGGCUGGCAAGUGAUUCCCAGCUGGCCCAAGAGAACGGAGGCUAAAACCACCACUACCCUGGGAAAAGAACAAGCUUGUCACAGUGAGGUAUUGGUGAUUUUACUCCCUUUUUUUCGACAGCCAACUUGCUCUUUUUGGCUCUCUUUCUUUUGCCUGACCUACUUACACUUCCCAGUGGUGAGAAGUCCCCUGGGGGGUUGACCUAUUGCCUGUCGAUAGCUAUCAGCGGAAGGUGGCAAGCUCCCUGGAAAUCACCGACCACAGGCAGGCAAGCAGGGAAAGCGUGCACUGGGAACGCUCUUGGUGAAGUGCGUCAACGUAACUUCCUGAAGUGAUGUCAUUGUGCCAGCUGUGCCAAUGCUCCUACACUUUGCUGGGGCCAAACAGGCUAGAAUUAGCUGCAUGCAAAGUGUGGGAGCAUGCUCGUGGCCGGCGUGAUGAUGUCACUUCCCGGAAGUGACAUCACAUAAGCGCCAGGAAUGCAUGUACAAACAGACAUGCAAAAGGCACCAGGUAAGUGCCAGGUGUCCCCCCCAGGCCCGUUGGGAGGGUAUAGGGACUUGGCAGCCCUAGACCUACUGUGGCUCAGCCUGAGGAGAGAUUAAGAAGGCUGAGGGGGAAGCCCUUCAGAUCAGGAGUCCCCAACCUUUUUGAGCCUGCAGGCAUCUUUGGAAUUUUGACAUAGGGAGGUGACUUGACCAUAAAAUGGCUGCCACUGGAGGCGGAGCCAACCACCAAAUAUCGGAGUGAGGUCAUCCAUAACUCUUAAUAGUAACUCUUCAACACUUCGGACAGAAGCUCUGCUUAACAAGAUACCCUUUAAAAUUGACACAAGUAUUUCCUUGCAUAUACACAGCUUACCUUCAGUCCCGCAGUGAAGAUCCCCGUGCCGUGGUGGCAGCUGCUGCCAAAACAAUUGUUUAAAAAUAUGCGCAUCCAAUCGGAUCUCCAAUGGCCAGUCAGAAGCUCUGCUGGGCAAAAACCCCGCCUAGCCAUGCCCACUUUCUCCAAACCAUUGGUAGGGGCCAGGAAAGGUGUUGGCAGGUGACAUGCUACAAUCUGGUAAUUUAAAAUGCUAUAUAUUUAAGAGGAAUAGUUAUAUGAUUGCACACCUGUGUUUGGGGUGCCACAUAAGGUGUAUGGCAGUUAUGGGGCUCUUUGGGUUGAUGGAAAUUGCAGCGGUGGCGCUCUCUGAACUGCAGACUGAGGCUGAUUCCGCACACGUUGGAUAAUGCACUUUAGCUAUCAUUUGGAAGUGGAUUUUUUGUUUCACACUCGAAAAAUUCAGUUCCAAAUGAUCUCUAAAGAGGAUUGGAAGUGCAUUAUCCAAUGUGUGCGGAAUCAGCUUGAGUUCCGCUGCUCUUUAAGUUCAUUCUGUUCUCAGUGAGUGUCACUUGCACAGACAGAAUUUCCUGAAAUGUCUGGUGGCCUAAAGUGCUCCCCUGGGGUAGAUAUGCUGUGUCUUCUGAACCUGGCAGUCAGUGGGAAAAAUUGCCUCCUUCCCACCUGCAUUCUGCUUUUGCAACAAGAUGUGGCUGUGAGAAUUCAGCUAUAAACAGCAGUAAUGGAAUGUGAACCAUCAGGAGGCGUUUUGAGUGCUGGUGUUGUUUGCUGUACUAUGCUUGUGUCUGAACAGGCCAGAGGCAAUUAAAACACCUGUAACUUUACUUAAUCCUCUUAUCAGCUACUUGUGAUGUUAGGACAAAGAAAAUCAAGAUGUUGCAGAGACCAACAUUUUUAAAGUAAUUUGGUGUACUUUAUAAUAUUCUGGAAGCCAAAAAUUCGUAUUUUUAGCAGGCUACUGCGUAUCUGUGUAUAUUUUGUAGUAUGACUUAAGCGGAAUUGUAGUCCGCUAGGCUAGGGCGACUUCUUCUUACACAGGAGGACUGGAAACCGGUAAACAGAAUAAAUGGGAGAUGCCUCCACCUUCGUAAAAAAGUGGGAAGAGAAGGCAUAAUUGAGCCUCCGAACAAAGCAGCUAAUCGUUCAUGGAGGAUAGGCACAUCUGUGGCUGUUUAACCAUAAUAAAGAAAUGGAACCUCCACGUUAAGAGGCAGUGUACCUGUGGAUCAUAGAUAAGGGUCGGGGACAAAUUAGAUUAUUGUAAUUUUUUAAAAAUGCUCUACUUGUGAGUUGGGGACAGAGCACUGGAUUGGAUAACCCCUGGUCUGAUCGGACAAGAAAGCUGUUAGGUCAUAAAAUUUAAUGGUGCUGCCAUCUGCUGAGUUACUUCAGAAUAAGCCCAUUGAUUUCACUGGAGUUACUUGGCAUAAGAUUGCACGGUUGUAUACAUGUGUAUCUUCUGUACACUAUUGAAAACAUGCGUGCACACACACAGGUGUUGCCUUACACUGUUUAAAGCAAAUAAAGUGCUGGGA